UUAAAAUAAAACCUAAACUAAAACUAAACUAAAUGUCAAUCCUUUGUUACAAAAAAACGAUUGGCAAAACCAUUAUUAUAAAAAUAAAUCAUUACAACCUACAACGCAUAGAAAAAAGAGUAAUACGCCGAAAGUACUCUUAGGCCACCAAAGGCUUCAUUUUGGAAGAGUCUUUUCUAUUCCUUUUUAGCACGGCGUUGUCGUUUUGUUGAUUUUUACUGUCACACGCAAAGUUUAAACUAUAGCCAUUGUGUAAUGUGUGGCAAGUGCGGCAAUCUAAAUAUUUAUUUAGUUUGAGUGUAUAACAAUCAGUGGAAAAAGAGUGUGAAAAUCCGAAAAUUUUGAAAAUGGAUCUUGGAGACAUAUUAGAUGAGCCAUUUCAUUUAUAGUUGCCAAGAAAACAUGAUUACGAGAAAAUGCAGACAAAAAUGUCGGUGAACAUUAACUUGAUGUCUCCAAAAAUAUGGGCAGCUUUGUUUGUGACCACUCUAUGCCUAUUGAAUAUACAGGAUACCUGGGCAAAAAAGCUAAAUGCGAGUCAAGCUUUUGACGACACGUGGAACACAGCAUCCGAUUUAGAAAAUGAACUUGAACAGCAAAAGCGGUCGAAGGGUCAGAGUGCAGGAGGAGGAGGUGGCGGAGGGGGUGCACCUGGCCAGUGGUCUUCCUGGUCAGAUUGGUCAACCUGUUCGCGCACCUGCGAUGGAGGCAUCAUGCAUCAAAUGCGUAGGUGCGGCAGUCCUGGCAGUUGUCGCGGGGAAAGCACACGCUACCGCAUUUGCAACAUGCAGCCUUGUCCGGAGCAACAGGACUUCCGCUCCAGCCAAUGCGCCGCCUACAACGAUGUUCCCUAUGACGGCACUCUGUACAAGUGGACUCCGCAUUAUGAUUACGUCGAGCCCUGUGCGCUUACAUGCAGAGGACAUCCGGCGCAUCUCGUCGAAGACAUUUCGCGGGAGACUGGAGGCGGGAACGCCGAGGAGGCAGAGCACUACGACGAGCAGAGCGUCAUUGUGCAAUUAUCGGCGAGGGUGCAGGAUGGGACCCGUUGUCGUUCAGGCAGCCUGGAUAUGUGUAUCCAAGGAAAGUGUCAGCGUGUUGGCUGCGACUUAAAAAUCGGAUCUACAAAAAGAAUAGACGGUUGCGGAGUUUGCGGCGGCGAUGGAAACUCCUGCUCUCAACCGCUUUUUGACUGGGAGAUGGCACCAAUGUCGCAGUGUUCUGUCACCUGCGGUAGUGGUUACAAAAUGUCCCGUCCUAUAUGCAGGAAUCGUCUAACCAACGUCGAUGUCGAUGAUACGCUUUGCAGCCUCACUAAUCGCCCGGAGGCGUCUGUGGAACAAUGUAAUACACACAGUUGUCCUCCCCGGUGGAUAGCAGACGAUUGGAGCACUUGCAGCCGCCUCUGUGGUCACGGCUACCGUGAGAGAAUGGUUGUCUGUGCCGAGGAGUCGAACGCCAUCAAGACAAGGGUGGCUGAUAUUAUGUGCCGCACACCCAAGCCACCAACACAAGAGACCUGCAUUAUCGAGGAGUGCCCACACUGGGAGGUCGAGGACUGGACCGGUUGCUCGGUUUCCUGCGGACAGGGUAUACAAAUGCGAGGCGUUGAGUGCAAAUCGACAGAUGGCAGUUUGAGUGCCAAGUGUGAUCCACUGACAAAGCCGGGCAGCAUGCAGCAGUGCUCUACCGGAAUUUAUUGCGGCGGAUCGGUGAACAAAGUUGGUGGCACUAUUAUUGUGGGCAGCAGCCGCUCGCUAAACGAACGAUCGGAGCGACAAUUGGAUGUUGAUGACGACAACGAGGACGACGAGGUCGAUGAUAUCGAGGACGUGGAAUCGGGACAGGAUACGGAUGAUGGUGACGGCUUAUCCUACGCUGAUCAUCCAUUGCGCUACGCUCAUCGCACACAGAGUCGACUGAACCAGGAAGCCCCAGAUGAGCCGCGGACCAUGCCUCUAAUGAACGGAAAUUCAAACAAUAAUUUCAAUAGGGGAAGCGACGAAUCAGAGGGACCCUCACUAGAUCCCACCUACAUCAGGGACAAUGAGUGGUCCUCAUGUAGCGUUACCUGUGGAGAAGGAAUCCGCCGGCGCACCCACAACUGCAAGAUUUUCCUCGAGUACUCUAGAACGGUGGCCACCGUUAAUGAUUCGUUGUGCGAGGGAAAGAAACCACAUGACGAAGUAGAGCGAUGUGUGGAAAAUCCGUGCAUGCUGCCCUCCCACGGCUUCGAUGACCAGUUCCCCCGUGAUUCUAUUAAAGUGGGUGUGUCGGAACCGGGUAAGACGUAUGUCUGGCGGGAACAGGGAUACACUUCCUGCAGUGCCUCCUGUCUCGGAGGUGUCGAGGAGCUGAUCAUCAACUGCGUUAGGGAAGAUAAUGGUAGGGUGGUGUCGCCCUUCCUCUGUUCCCCGGAAACUAAGCCGGAGGCCAGGGUUCGUACCUGCAACGACCGUCCCUGCCCUCCCAGAUGGAACUACUCAGACUACUCGGCAUGCUCUAAGAGCUGUGGCAUUGGCAUCAAGACCCGCGAGGUGCAGUGUAUCCACGAGGUUACGCGCGGAGGAGACAACACAAUGGUGGUGCCGAACAGUAUGUGCCCACAGCCACCACCAGCUGAUCGGCAGUACUGCAACGUUCUCGAUUGCCCUGUACGUUGGGAAGUAGGUGAGUGGAGCAAGUGCUCCCAUACCUGUGGGUAUGGGUUUAAGGAUCGCAAGGUGGAGUGCAAGCAGAUUAUGGCACAGGAGCACAAGAUCGAACGACCCGAAUCUAUGUGCCCGAGUGUUAAGCCGGCGGACAAAAAGCCCUGCAAUGUAAAGCCCUGCCCGCCGGAAGAUCCCAAGCCAGUCAUCCAAAUCAACAACUCAACACACAUUCAGCACGACCCCAAGAAGACCAAGAUCACCCUUAAAGUGGGCGGCGCUGGAGUUGUUUUCUUCGGCACCCAGGUAAAGAUCAAGUGUCCCGUGAAGCGGUACAAUCGCACUAAAAUCAAGUGGAGCAAGGAUCACAAGCCGCUGCAGCGUUCACGAAAGUACAAAGUGUCAAAAAAGGGCGCCCUGCGUAUACUUGAUAUUACGUUCCGCGAUGCCGGGGUCUACUCCUGCCACGCCGGUCUCAGCUCCGCAGAAAUAAGCAUCGAUGUGAAGGCCAAGCCGGGGCAGCAGGCUGAGGAGCUGAAACAACAGGAAUCUGAACGAUUGGUGCGUGAGAAUAGUGGCACAGAGGCUCUCACGUCGGCGGAUAUGAAGACCGCUGGUGGAACAGGGACUUCCGCUGCUGUCGAAACUAUUAGCCACGUUAAUGGAACGCAUCAGCAUGGCUCACGUCGCAGGCAGCAGCAGUCGGAGCGAUUGCAGAACGGGAGGGAACGGAACCGAAGACCCAAGUCCGAUGAAGUUCAGCAUGCGGAUAGCAGCAUUAUGGAAGAUGAUCUCUCGCAAUUAGUGCAAUCUGAUGACAGAAUACCGCAGCCGGCGAGCGCCAGUAGCGGCGGUAGUCGCACCAGGACUCUGCUGGCUAUGCCAUAUUUCCAGGCUCUGCUAAGCAAUCUCCAGUUGCUAUGGCCGCUACAGCGCUUUAAGGACUCUCGAGGCCAACACUUACUCCAAGGCGAGGCGCUCAAGUACGGCAUCGAUUUAACAGGCAACGACUAUGACCAGGACCAGCCGGAACGUGUGACGGCCAUGCAGUUGCCCCCAGAAGCAGUAUCAGAGCGAACGCAUUCGCCCUUUGACCCAGAGUACCAUGCGCAGUCGAAAACUAGUGCGGAAGCGGAAAACAUUCCGUCACAUAUGCCGCACGCUCGAUGGGAAACAACAGCUGCAUCUUCAACUACGGCGGUGCCAAGCAUUGCGAGCGCCAGAUUCGUCUACAAGUGGAGACUGGGCGAGUGGUCCCACUGUUCACAGGAGUGUGGAACGGCCGGCAGUGACUUGCAGCGGCGCACGGUGAGCUGCCACAGAAUAGCAAAGGCCACGAGUUCCGGCAGUACUAGCGACACCGAAAACAAUGUCGUGGAUAAUUCAGAAUGCUCCGCACACGGCUUGGAGCUACCCGAUUUUUUCCAGAGCUGCGGCAACGAGGCCUGCCCGCAAUGGAGCAAGGCCGACUGGACGCCCUGCCAGCGAUCCCACUGCCACGGAAGGAAUACGGCCAUGCAGCGCCGCGAAGUGUCUUGCCGCUACGCCAAUGGGACGUCGGGAAGCGUCUGCGACGAGAAUGAGCGACCUGCGGCGAGGCAGGAAUGCUACAAUGAGCGGUGCAAGGGAGUGUGGCGCGUGGAGUCUUGGUCCGAGUGCAAUGCGCCUUGCGGUCGUCAGGGCAUCAAGUACCGCAUCCUGCAGUGCGUCUGGUACGGAAGUCGCCGGCCAGCGGGCAAUGUGUGCAAGCACCAGCCACGCCCGGUGGUUAUGAAGGUCUGCAAAAGUCCGGCCUGCCAGGCGCAGUUGUCAUCCUCCCAGUACUGUAGGGAUUCCUCACGCUAUUGCAGAAAUGCCAGCUCCAUGGACCUGUGUCGACUUAAUCGCUACAAGCAGAAGUGCUGCAGAUCCUGCCAGCAGCAACAUAAUCAACAUCUUAAUCUCUAACUCUGCUGAGGCUUACUAAAAUAGGUAUCGUAGGUACCGUAAUAAAACGUCUAUAGCAAUUAGUAAGUAUAACUUAUCCAUGUGUAUGCAUCGCCAGAAACAUCAGCACUUACGUUAAUUCACCUUAAUAUACAUAUGUAAGUCAAAGGCCAAUUAUAAACAAGAACGUAUUAUUUAUAAAACAUCCAAUGCGAAAACGCGACUUGACACUUGUGUCUGAAGUAAACUUGAACAUUGCAAGAUCUGCUUUAGACAUGAUUUUUAAAGGUCAUCAAUUACACAUUAUGAACUACUAUACGUGAUCCUUUCAUAACUAUGAAGCACUUCAAGUUCUAGCAGCAUGGUACAAAUGUUAAGGUCAAUUUAAACAACCACCCAUUUUGUUAGUUCAUAUAUAAUAUAUCAAGCAAUUAUAAGAAAUAAUUAAAUCGCGAAAAAUAUUUGUAACAAGGAUAAUUAAUAGUUUAGGGUAACUGAACUGUUAUUACCUAGCUAAUCAAGAAUAAAACUGUUUUGGAGAAAGAUCAGUAACUAUGAUUCGAUUACUUGCUGACUUAAAUGGCUUACAAAAUAUGUUCGACCAGCAGCAAUGUUAUAUUAAGCAGCUGAAAUUAUUGAAGAAUCGUAAUAUUAUUGUGUACAUAUAGAAAAGGACCUCCACUGUCGGUUUAUAGCACUUAAAUUACUUUCGAUUUGCAUUUAUCAAUUAACCACUAAAAAUGUUGUAAAUAAAUCGGGUUUAUCAGUUAAACCACUGUUCAUUUAAAGGCCAGCCGUGUAAUUUAAUAAAAGUCGAACUAUUUUAAAUACAUAUAUACGCCUAAUUAUAAUUAGUUUUAUAUGGAAACAUUGUUUUUAUAUAUAGAAACUUAAAAAAUACGAAUAUAUCGCAAUUGUUAAAGCGUAACUAAAUAUAUAAGCUGUUAAGUGAAAGAUAUUAUUAAUAAGCCAAAGAAUAAAUGCUACAGUAACUAAUAUCAAAUGCCUACAGACGCAAGCAAAAAUAAACACAAUCGCAGCCCAAAAGAAAUCGCAAGCCACAUCAAGGAUAUAACAUAAUUGCAAUGUAUUGUACAAAAAAUAAACA